ACUAAAUAGUAAAUACAGCGCCUAAAAAUUUCAGAUUUCUAACAUUUCUUUGGAAAAAAAGUUGUUUCCUGGUACUUUGCCCUUUUCCCUUCAGAAUUCCUUAGUUUUUUUUCUCAUCCGUCUCUUAGUCUCUGAAAUUUUCCUAUUUAUUGUGAAUUUUGAAAGCUUGAUCAACUGACAGUUCCUCUCUCAAGUUGAAAUUUGAAACUCCAUUUUAAUUUAUACAAACAUUUUCAAAAAUCUGCACUUCUCGAGUUCGAGUUCGAGUUCGAGAGAGUUCAGUGCACCAAACAGUGAGUUCUUUUUCUGCUGCUGCUGCUGCUGCUGCUUCGUGAUCUAAUGAAUUACUUAGGUACGAGCAAAGGAAAGAACUGAAAAAGCAUAUAUAAUUCAAUUUUAAACACCAAACAGAAAAGGAGAAGAAUGUCGGGAUCUGAGACGGGAAUGAUGGCGAGUAGAGAGCCCUACAGCUUGGGCAUGCAACAGAAGAGUCCGGUGGCGUCACAACCGGCGAUACAGAACAUGCGUUUAGCCUUUCGGGCUGACGGAACAGCUGUGUACAAGCCCAUCACUCCCGCCUCACUCACAUAUCAGCCAGCUUCCGGCGAUGGUGGGGCGGAGGGGUCCGCUGGUGGACCUGCAGUCACUCAAGAACAAGGGCAAGCUCUGAACAUGAGCAUGAGCAUGGGGAGCGAACCCUUGAAGAGGAAGAGAGGGAGGCCCAGGAAGUAUGGGCCGGAAAGUACCAUGCCUUUGGCUCUUAUACCAGCUCCUUCCUCUGUCAGCGUAACCCAAUCUAAUAGUGGAGGAGGAUUCCCCUCACCAACUCCUCCGCCACCUCCUUCAGGAGGAUCAGCCUCUUCACCAACUUCAGGAAAGAAAGCUAGGGGAAGACCGCCUGGUUCCUGCAAUAAGAAGCAUCAACUUGAAGCUCUGGGAUCACCCAGAGUUGGAUUUACGCCCCAUGUUAUCACUGUUAAAGUGGGAGAGGAUGUAUCGUCAAAAAUAAUGUCAUUUUCUCAGCAUGGUCCCAGAGCUGUUUGCAUCCUCUCAGCAAAUGGAGCCAUAUCAAAUGUAACUCUUUGCCAACCAGCAACAUCUGGUGGAACUGUAACUUAUGAGGGGCGAUUUGAAAUUCUGUCACUAUCUGGUUCAUUUCUUCUGUCAGAAAAUGGUGGUCAGCGGAGCAGAACUGGAGGGUUAAGUGUGUCAUUGUCUGGCCCAGAUGGUCGUGUUUUAGGUGGUGGUGUAGCUGGCCUUCUAACAGCUGCAUCUCCUGUUCAGGUGGUUGUGGGUAGUUUUAUUACAGACAAUCGAAAGGAAGCAAAGUCAACAUACCAGAUGGAAGGCCUAUCUGCCCCACCAAAGGUUGCUCCAGGGGUUACCAGCUCACCUUCACAUGGUACUCUAAGUGAAUCCUCAGGUGGGCCUGGUAGCCCGGUUAACCAGAGCAUGGGAACCUGCAAUAAUAACAACAAUAAUAACCCACAAGGCAUGUCAAACUUUCCAUGGAAGUAAAAUCAUGCUUUUAACUGGGUAGUCUGUAGUGGGUCAGCCAGUGUUGUAGUGGGAACCAUUUUGUAAUUUAAGCAUCGUGUAACUGAAGUAGAAUUAAGGGUACAGGAUUUACUUUUUUUGUUGAACUUGGGACUUGGUUGCUAAGCUAGAAACGCCCGAUAGGUCUUGGCUUAGGAGUGUUGUUAGUGUGAUGCAUUUGUAAGGUAAAGGUGUAAGUCAGACGCGAGAGAGAAAGCACUUGUGUUCUAGUCUUUUAGGUGUUGUGUUUCAGACUGAAGAUGCCGAGUUUGAGUUUGUUGCCAAUUACAGUUACGUUAGUGGAAGGGUGAUAUUGAUGAA